UGAUAGGUAGAGUCGCUGUAUUGCAACUUGUUUUGUGCAAACUCUUAUACAAAGAAGUGUAUAGUGUGUUGCCUGCUCUGGGUUUUGGCAUCAUAAGGGUUAUGUUUUGAAUUUGUAUUUAUAAAGACCGAUUUCAAUAAGUUUGCUCGAUUCAAAAAAUGGAUAAUAAUGAAGCUGAUGGAAUGCCAAUACAUAUUGAAGUUGCUGAUAUUCCUAGCACUAGUGGCAUCCGCGAGAUUGAACAAAGUCUUGAAGCUGAAAGUCUUGAGGACCAUGGAUCAGAGAAUCCAGACAAAGAAAGGCCAACAAGAGGGCCGAUAAGCAAGCUGGACGCCACCUUAAAGGGCCUGAUGGGUGAAGCUAAUUUACGAUAUGCUAGAGGAGACAUUGAAACAGCCAAAAGAAUGUGCUUUGAGGUGAUCCGGCAGUGUCCGGAGGCCACAGAACCUUACUUUACCCUUUCACAAAUCUACGAAAAUGUAAAUAGGAAAAAGUACAAGGGAUACCUACUUCUUGCAGCUCACUUAGAACCCUCGAAUACUGGCUUGGUAAAUCGAUUGGCCGAAGUCAGCCUGCAAGACAAUAACAUUGAAGGAGCCAUACGGUGGUAUUCUAGAGGUAUCAAGUAUUAUCCGAGGAAUAUUGAGUUCCAUUUGAAAAGAUUGGAGUUACUCAAGCAGAGAGAUGUUGAAUUAGCGGGCUACAGCAGAAUGGUUUUGAUGGCCAAGACCACUUUGGCUAAUAACUUGGCUCCAUCAGACCAUGAAUUAAUGUUAUCCCUGGUCAUGGAAAUAGCAAAGGAACGUUUCAAGCAAAAAGAGUACUUCCGCGCCAUAGAAGUCCUGAAAAUUCCAAUGAGAAAAAUUCCAAAUAAAGUUACAAAAGACGUCAUCAACAUGCUUCUAGAGCUACUGCUUAUUUGUGAGAGAUAUCUUGAAUGUUUGGACAUUUUCACACAGUAUUGUGGUUUCGAGUUUGAUAUCAGUAUAACAGAUGAUAAUAAAAUUGUAAUGAAUGCCUACAAGAUACCAGAUAACUUAGAAAUUGAUCUCAAGACACACUUCAUCAUAUUCCUUGUCAAACUUACAACAGAAAAUCUAUAUUCACCUUUGAUUGAUAAAAUGGUUAUAGAGGGCGAUGUAGAACUGUUUGGAGAUCUUUACUUGGACAUAGCUGAUGCUUUAUUGGCAAAAAAACAUUAUACGGAAGCUUUGAAAUUGUUGAUACCACUGGUGAAAAGCAAAAGGUUUUCACAAGCUGCUGUUUGGCUAAAGUACGGUGAAUGUCUAGCUGGUUGUAAACUAGACGACAUGGCUAUUGAGGCUUACUAUACUGUAAUGACUAUGGCACCAACUCAUAUCGAGGUUCUCUAUCCUCUCGGAAAGCUCUUGAUUGAACAAGGAAAGAAAGAAGAGGCCAUGUUGGUGCUCAACAAGGAUUUGACCGGAAAUGUGCUUGAUGUGGCUGUACUGUUGGAAAAGUUGAAACUUUUAGAGCAGAUUGAGGACUGGGAGGGUUACUGGAAAAGUGUGGAUUUGCUUCUUUCCAGUUCAAGGAUAUUGGCCUUCACCAUGCACAGUGCACGCAGUCGACGUUAGUGUGGAAGCUAUUGCUAGGUACGGCCACCGACGCUUAUCCAUCGGAGGACUAUGUCGCACGUAUCGAAACCCGGCAUUAGGAGAUAUUUCCAAGUUUUAAGGGCAUUGCAUAGUAUUAAAAAACUACGAAGAGCUGAACGACGUGAUAUCCCAUAGCAGAAAAUUCCAAGAGAAAGUGAACGCCGUGAAUAGAGUAAGGGCGUUCAGAGGCGACCCUCCAUGCGUUCCGUCUUCUCUCGUGAGCACCCGCGAGCCUCCAGUCGAAGCUGAGUUCGAAUUAUUCAGGAAGAUCCUUCAAAAAGCCAUGGAUCAGAAGCGGUAUCCAUUGCUUCAGAAGUACGUUUUCAUGGGCCUCAGUUCGAAGAAGUUUACCAAUUACUACGACGAAUUGAUGCUGCUGGGACUCUACAGCUGUAUCUACAACAAUGAUUCCUACCACGCCAAUAUCUUUGUGAAAUACAUUCUGUUGAAAUAUCCCGAUAACAACUUGAUUUGGACCUUACUCAAUCACGUGAUCGUGAAAAUCGUGGACUCCCGACACGUUAGAUUUCUCGACAGAAGGUUACAUCAUGAACGUCAAAAACAUCUCCUGAUGCUGGCCAACAAUCAAAUUCCUUCAGGAAACUCGAUGGUAGCGAUUAAUAUCUACACGAAAGAGUUCAAAAAAACUAACUCGCCUCUAUACGCUUUGCUUUUGGGCAUAGCGUGUAUGCAACAUUAUUUCUACACAGGCGUUGACAAGACGAAGCGAAAGUUACUGGCAGAGUUGGUGACGUACCUCUUCCACCAUUACGGAAAGUUAAGAUCAAAACAGGCAGAGCAAGAAGUGUACUUUAACUUAGGGAGGUUAUAUCAACAGAUGGGUGUCAGUUAUUUAGCCGAGUAUUAUUAUAAAAAAGUGUUUGAGGUCAGAAACGAAAUGUUGGAAAAGUAUCCCGACACGUUGUGUUUGAAUAGAGAGGCGGCGUAUAAUUUGCAUUUGCUGUAUAGGAAUAGCGGUAAUGUGACAGCGGCUAGGAAGGUUCUUUUUGAACAUAUUGUUGUAUAGUUGUAUAUUUUUUUGUGGACUGUGAUUAUGAUUUUUUUUGUAAUAUAUAACUAAGAUAAGUAACAUGGCUGUUUCUGUUUUUGGUGGUGAAAUCGUGUUAUCAAAAACUAUAUAU